AUGGAACACCGCAUCACAAGCUCGCGAGCCACGAGCGGCGACCGCGCUUCACCGACGCUUCGCGAGAUGUUCAAGGCCCAUAUAAACAAUUCUCGAUCUCACUUGACUACUCACACCACACCACCACAACGACAACCUUCCGACCACCAACAACCACCUCAGCCUCACCUUUUCGGACCCCCGCACCAAGAAGCACCUCUCCAACCCACAGAACCUUUCUGGCACCAGUACCCUUGGUGGACACACCAUCAGCUAUACUAUUACCCGGAGUUUGGUAGUUAUUUCGACCACCCAUUGUACACCGCACAGACAAUGGACGGCACUACUAUCAAAAUCGGAUACGGCAAUGGCUCGAGCUUCCGCGAUGGCCAUCCGACCAACCGCAAUGCACCAGGAUCGCCCGCUCAGAAGCGGAACUCUGGACCCAAGGUCGACAUCUUCAAUGGAGACGAGUACAUUCGCUCUAUCCCACUGAAGAUCCUCACUCGCUUCUCCGAGGCUGCCAAGCGAGAUUUUCCUCGACCGGGACGGCAGGGCACCACCCAAGCGACUUCUUCAAAGGAGGCUCCAGCCUUGACUUCAUCCAAGGUUGACUCUAUUCUCGACUGGGCCGAAGAAGUCAAUGCCGCGGAUGGAGGUGCUGCUGCAGGAGCACAGGCAGCCAAGAAAGAAACCCCCUCAGAGCAGAAGUCGCGGGCAAGAGACCGCCUUCCAGUCAUUGCGCCUAUCUCAUUGGCAUAUGCCAUCCCCAAGGCGCCGAAGAAGACCCUUGUUUUGAAACUUGACGUCGUGGAGAUGCCGUCGAAGAAGGCUCUUGGUGUGGCUCUCAAGUGGAUGGAGGACAACGAGUCGAGCGAGGGCAAGCUCAUCGACUUUGGUCCUGUCAACCUGGACAAGAUCAAGCUGGAUGACUUGAUCGAUCUCUACCAGGCGGCGUUGGCUUUCGAGCUUCGACCAUGGGGCAAAGUUGGCAGGCUGCAGAGGGAGAUCUGUCAUCGCGUCUCGGAGGGCAAGCUCGAGAUCAGUACUUUCAAGCUGCUUUCGGGAUGGUUGCCCGGUGACGAUCAAGUCCUCGUUCGCUGCGCCAACUCCAUGGAGUACCACCGCCGGAAGUCUGCGUACAACGUGACCGAGAUGGAGGAGGUCGCGGCUUUCCUUCAGCAGCCCAGCAACAAGAAGCUCGACGCCACUUUUGCUGAUGUUCUCGGGGAGUGGCGCAUGAGGCGCGAGGCUAGGCAAAGUGAGCGAUCAGGCCGACGUCAAGAUCAGAUUUCCAAGGUCAUCGACGGCACUGACUAUGGUACUAAGAGUUCCGGCGGCGUGGAAGAGGAGGCGACUACGUCCAAUACCAUCGACAAGGGUGUCGACACUGUGCAACAGAAGGAGGGCAAGCCGACUACACGUCGUCGCAACCGUCGUACGCAGAAGGCGAAGGGUGAGGCCAAGCAAGGCCAGGACGCUGCUGGAGCGAAGUAG